UUAGUUCGCUACUAUCCAUCGUAUAUCGAAAAUGAAAGUGCCAAUACUAGUCUGCAUUGUAUUCGUUUCAGUCGUCGCAACAUCAAGUGGCAGUAAUCUAGUUCCAGACAAUGUGAGCCUUAAUCUAAAACACUUCCCGGAGAUCGUGCCCCAACUAGAUCCUAGCCAACCAACAUUGAUAGCACUUCAAAAACUGCCGAAAGUAUUUGGUUCCAUCAUCAACCACGGUCUUGAAGCGAUCGAGACUGUUCAACAAAGUGUCGAUUUACAUCUAGAUGAUUUGAUAAGAAAAACUGUGAUUUUACAUGAAACCUCCAACCAAAAUAUCGAAGCCUAUAUUCAGGAGGCGAAACAGAAUUUAACCAAUAAUGGUAACCACGUUUCGGAUUGUCUUACCGAGCUUCCCCAACGUUUGCAGCAGAUCAGUAACCAUUCGAUCGAAAACACCAAAACAUGUUUUGACAAUUUUGUCGUUCGGGUUAAUAUUAUACGAAGCAAUGUGAAGAAACACAUCGAUUUUGUCGCUGAAAACGUGCAAGAGCUUCAGAAUAUUAUAGAAACCUGUGCAACGGAGCAUCCAAAUCUGAUAGCCCAGAUCAAGUGUGUGCUGGAUCACAUUGACGAUGCCAAAAUAAUUGUUUCGGAAAUUGUGCAGGAUACCGAAAAAUUGUUGACUGAAACGAUGCAGGAAUCGGUUUCACUUGCUAACGAUACAAACGCCUGCCUUUUGGAUGUAGUUAAACAAGCCCAAACCGAUGUUUAUCAGCUACUGACGGAAUUGUAUGACUGUAUGCACAAUGAGCAAUUGUCAUCGGAAAAUUAAAACAACGAAAGUAACUAACCCCGUAUAAUUUGGUAUCUAUUCUAAAAUAAAAGUUCUUUAUGCUUAACAACUAAUAUCACUCUUCGAUAAGUUCAA